GCCUCAAAAAAACACGAUGGCAUACUUUUGGGAUUAUUGAGGGGAUGCGGAAAGCUGCCAGUCGAGCUGAGUGCGAUGAUAUGGGAUUUCCUCGAUCCUGGUGCCACCCGGUGUUUACUUGCACUUAAUGCCACAAAGAGUAUCUGGUCAUACAUUCCCCGUUCAGCUGGGUGUGCAACUAUCUCUUUACACGGAGAGCUGAUGGUAUACUUCACCAAUAUCAUCAAGGGAAUCUAUGUAUGCGGCAUUCGUCAAGGGCGCGCGCUUUUGGUCAGACAGGCAGUUUUUCAACCUCAAUUUCGGUCCCAUCUUCUUGUACCGCCUGUGUCUUCGGUUUUGGCAUUUACGGACUCCAGAAGCUGAAGUUCUUGACCGGGACUGAAGCUAGUUCGAAGAACGUGGACGAACUAGAGAGCAGCAAGCUUCUUCGUGUUGUUUCGUGUCGAGGAGCAGGGCCAGUCUCCAUUGAAAUUUCCUGGGAUGUCUGGAAAAUUUCUAUGACCAGCUCUCACGAUAAGUCGACAUUCGGACAUGAUUUUCUUUGGCUAUCUCCGGUACCUUACGGCCAGCUGCGUUGGCUCUCUCCGAAGCUUUUUUACGACUGGCCGCGCCAUUUCCAUUUUGCAACACAGUCUCAGCGAUAUAUGAGAUACGUAUCUCUACAAAAGAAUCAGGUGCUGUGCGGAUUAACCGCAUUCUGCUCCGAUGAAGGACUUGUUGGUUUAGGAACCCACCAUUACUCUACACAAUCUAGAGAGCAGCUAAUGGUAUCAUGUUUCUAUCCAUGUUUACUGGCAUCAGAAUGAUUCACUGUCCAAUCGUUACCUUGCUAUCACAACCAGCAGAUAUAGAGAGUACCUUCUUGGACCUUCUUUUCCGCCAUCAGUGACCAGGAUGAAGAGAAUAUAUGGUCCAGGGGAUGGAGAAAUAUUGGGCCUCUACUACGAUAUGUCUCCUGGUCUACCUAGCUUCACGAGCUUGGGAACAAUCUGUCAGCCACUUAAGUACCCUCUAGAAUUGAAGCUCCAGGAUUCUAUACCACAGAUGAGACCGCAUAAUCCGGUGGU